CGUUGCUAGUGUGGGUAGGAUGUUCUCUACUAGAUUUCUUCGUACUUCCACAAAAGUGUGUUUUAUAUCAAGUAAAGUUAACCAUUGUUGAUUAACAAUAUGCCGAACAACAAAAUUGUUGGAAAAACCUUGUUGUUUAUAUUGUCAAGAACCAGUGAUAGCAAAUGAGACAACAAAAGUAAUGGAUCCGGGCAUUGUAUGUUUUCAACAUUGUGGCCCCAAAAUAUUUUGCUUUUUCUUGCCAGAAGUAUGUCCUGUUUGUGAUGCCGACCUUGCCCAAACUAACUUUUCACUAUUGCCUUUUAGAGUUCCAUACCCAUUUAUUCGCGCAUCCCAAUAUCCUUGUGCCGUGAUUAUAAAACCAACAUCUGGUGACUUUUUAAAUGAUUAUUACAAUUCAAUGGAUUUACACAUAGGUGUUACAACGUCGACGGGAAUUAUCGUAGAAUUUGACAAACAUGGUUUAAGAAGACAUUGUAAUGAUCAGUGGGAUCAGUGUUUACUUUUAGACCAAGCCCCAGGAUCGUGGACGGAGCAUUGGGAUAACACUCUCCUUCAAGUGUGUCGGCAAAAUUGCUGGUCCGCAAGAUCAUACAGCGAAAACAAACAUAACUGUUAUACUUUUGUGUUAACAUUUUUAAUGACUUUAAAUUAUGGAAAUUUAAGCAAAGCCGCCAGCAACAGAACAGUUUUUUGUGAAAAGUUUAUAGUGCCGCGAACGACUUCAGCUGGAAAGUAUAUUUCUCUUUAUCGAAAACUCAAAGAAAGUGGGUUUUAUGUGCACAGAACAUCUCAGAAAACUAACACGUGAUAAUUUAAAUGGUUAUAUUAAAGACAAUUAACAAUUAUUAAAUUAAUACUUGUUCUAAUGUAACAUCUUCAACAGUGUACAUUCCGACUAAGUAGGUACUUAAAUUUAUAAUGUGCAGCAAUAUAUUUAUUUAUUUUUUUUUAUAUAUAUAAUGUGUUGUAUAUGAAAACUUAUGUUUGUGUAUAAAAGAUCUUGUACAGAAGUGUUACUAACGUUGGACUAACUUGCCUCACCUUUUGUAGUAAUAAUUAAUUUUAUGCCCAGAAAGUUUUACAGCUAGUUUUCUACAUCGAAGAUCGCAUGCAACAGUGUAUAUUUUUUUCAUAUUUAUAAAAACUUUUGGAUUUGUGCAAAAACAAGAACUAUCAUUCUGGAUUGCAUUCCGUGUUAAGAUGGGUGACCACUUAUUAUAAUUUCUCGAACGGAAUUUCUUAGAUAACAGUUUCGACAUUUUUCUGUUUCAGUUGUAAAAAAUACUAUCGUGACUGAGGUACUUUUAAAAACUUCUAUUCUACUAUAUUAUGACUUUCAUUCGCUAAAUUUCUAAAAUUUCUUUCGUGUUAUGUCGAUCUUGACAGUGCCAAAUUUCAGUUUUUGUUUUUCGAUUGCUAAACAUAAAAAAAAAUACGCGUUUCCUUUUCCGUUGGUCUGUCUGUCUGUUUGUCUUAUAUCUAUGCACUCUUUUAAAAAACUGAUGACAUCAACUUAGAAUAAAUUUAAUGUUUAGAACCUUUUCUCGAUUCUUGCACACGUCAUUUCUUACAGACAUAUACAGUACAGAUGCUUAAAUAAUCACUUUUUGUGAGCAGAAUCUUUUCGAUAAUGUUUUUAAAUAAAUUUAAAUUAAGCGUUUUUACAUGAGAAUUGGCAGUUUAUUGUAAAAUUUUUGACCCCAGUAUGUAGCAUUACGUCUGGCUACGCUAGUCUAUUAUGAAAUUCGAUGGUAAAAAGACGUUAGGUACUUAGGUAGUAACAAAAGUGCAUCUCUCCACGUGUUUUAUAAUUAUGCAAGUGAAUUUUUACAUAAAUCAGAGUGCCUAAAAUAAAGCAAGAAGGUAAAGUAAGAACCAAUGUUGAUUUGGAAAAGUAUUCUUUGCAAUCUUUUUGGUAUUGAAGAUUAGAAAGAAUUAGAACCGCACGACGUUUAAUUUUAAAUAGCUUUUCAGCAGCAGAAGAAUAUGAAAGAACAACAAUAGAAAUGCACCAAUAUCAUAACCAUGGACAUGAAAUUAGUGACCACAGUAGAAAAAUCACGAAAAUAGUCAUUUUAUGAUUUUGACUUUUCUCGUUUGCGAACCAAGGGCAUUUUAAGCUAUUACCGCAAGGGUCAAUCAGUCCUAUUUAGCAAAAGCAUCCUAGCCAAUACAACAAAGAGCCAAUAUUUAAGUUUGGGAUGGUGUCCUAAAUGUACGCCUAAUAAGAUGCAUUGACAAAGGUGGUGGAGGACUCAAACUCGUACAACACUAUUCUCGUUGGUGUGCUAAACCUCUUAUUGGGGGUGUAGUCAUGUAGUUUUGCAAAAUGUAAUGCAAAUGUACAGUUUGUCUGAAUAAAAGCCAGAAAUAUUGCUA